UACACGAUUGCGCAUUGAGCAUUUCAAUAACUCGCAACUUUAUCGACUUCUAGCUGGGUGGAGUUGGUGGGGUUAGUAGGGGUGGUAGGGGGUGGAGUAGAGCGACCGUGACGUCACAGUGACGUAGCUUGCCGCGCGCUGAUUGGCCCAGCCACCCGCACUGCUCCCAUUCAUAAAACUGGUGGGAGAAACGCGCGAGGGGCUCAGUGAGUAUCGUGGCAGUGUAGGAAACGGAGGUGUUGCCGCGACGCUCGUCACCUUGGCUCCACUGGAAGACGCCUGGUCGCUUGGGGCUCACCGCUGCCUCUCGCGCCUGAUACCCACAACCAUAUCAGGCCCGGGGUCGUCGCGCCCACAGCCGCCCCCCCAACACUCCCCUCACUCCAGUGAAGACGACCUUAACUUCUCAAACAUGAUUAUGGACGGCAUUGACCCGCUGUCAGCCGUGGCUAUGGCUGAGUCCUCAACCAUGUCGUUCAGUCUGGUGAGCUUUGAGACCUUCGACAAGGGCGGGGAGUGUCUACCCUCCCCGCUAGCCACGGCCUCUGUCUUUGACCGCCCCGUUGAGGACUGUCUUAACACCCCCGUCACUACCACAGAGAUGCCCACAUUCUUUGCCCAGGUCGAGGCUUUGACCGAUCCAUCACCGCCCCCCAUAACAGCGUCGGUGGAGAGCUCGGAGGAGCAACACAGCCCGGCGAGUGGGGGGGACCCCUCCUCCCCCGCCUCCCUCCCCCACCACGAGCAACCCCAACACCCCCAUCACUUGCAGCCGACCCCGGCCUCCACGCCCGUACACCAGGAGGCCGUGAAGCAAGAGGUCCAGGAGGCCACAGGGAGCCCCAGAGGGGCAUCCCCGGGGGGAGUGGCCAGCCCCUGCCGGUCCCCGGGAGGGAGUGCAGGUGACACCGCUAUGUUCCCCCACCAGACGGCGGCGGCGGCGGCGGCGGCGGCAGCAGCGGCGGCAGCGGCGGCGGCGGCAGGCGGCACUACACAACAACCACCCGACACUCAGAAGUUGCAGUACCGCGGGUCGUUCACUACAGCGUCGCAGACCACCUCCCUCACAGCACCUCAGGGUACGACUCCCUCACCCACGACCCUAAACACCUGGCUCUUCUCUAACACCUCCCACGACAAGACCUCCGUCUUGACGCCCUUCCUAGGAUUCCUGCAACAGCCUGCGAGCACCAGCCAACAGGUACUGCCGGACCCCUCCGUGACCGGAGGCUUCACCGGUUACGAUGACCGGUUGCCUGCUCUCUCCCUCUCCACCACAGAUCUUCUCUUGCCCUUCGACACACAGCCCACCGCCCUCAAACAGCCGCCCACCUAUCCGGCUUGCUCCUCCGCAGCCGUUGUCACCACCUCCUCCCUCACUACCACACAGCUGCAGCAGUCACAGCAGAUGUCCAUUCCAGGGACACAGCAACAACAGCAGCAGCAGCCCCAACCACAACCUCAACCUCAACAGCAACAACAACAGCAACAGCAGCAGCAACAGCAACAACAGCAGCAACAACAGCAGCAGCAACAACAGCAGCAGCUAGCGGGCGUGGUACAAACAGGGGCAACACAAGUGGAUUUUAGUCGAGGAAUGGUAGGUAAUGUGGGCAGUAAGUUCCAGUACCCAGUGGGCACUUUCCAGACCCAGGUGUCGUACAGUGUGGGCGGCGGUGUAGGAGAGCCAGUGGCUGGCCCCUCGGGCGUGGUAGUACCUAAGCAAGAACCUCUUUACCAAGACGCUGCCUCGCUGGCAGAGUACAACCAACAUACGAGCAAAGGCCACGAGAUCCUCUCCCAGGUCUACCAGCAGAGUCCUCUCCCCCUGAAGCUCCUUCCCGUCAAACCCCGCAAAUACCCCAACAGACCGAGCAAGACCCCAGUCCACGAACGCCCCUACGCCUGCCCCGUUGAGAACUGCGAUCGGAGGUUCUCCCGUUCGGACGAGUUGACGCGACACAUCCGGAUUCACACCGGUCAGAAGCCGUUCCAGUGCCGGAUUUGCAUGCGUUCGUUCUCGCGAUCCGACCACCUCACCACACACAUACGCACCCACACCGGAGAGAAACCCUUCUGUUGCGACGUCUGCUCCAGGAAGUUCGCGCGCUCCGACGAGAAAAAGAGACACGCCAAAGUCCACCUCAAACAGAAACUAAAAAAGGUGAGUGGAAGUUCGCCUAGCGUGCCACCCCCUAGCACCACCACUACCACCACCACCAGCAGCGUCGCUAUCACAGCGGCGGGCACUAGUUCACAGCAACACCAGCCACAGCACCUCCAACAGACCCCGGCGCAGUUACAGCAGCAGGCGGGACCACAGUCACAGCAGCAGCAGCAGCAGCAACUGCACCACCAACAGCAGGUGGCGCAACAGCAGCAGCAGCAACAGCAGCUGGUGUCUGCGGGGGUAGUGGUCACAACGGUGUAAACAAACCCACCUCACUUCUCCAGAAGACAAUUUUUGUACAAGCUUUAACUAAGCUUUAUGGGCAGGUGAGGGUGGUGGGCGGGCCAGGUGUGGGCGCGGCAGCCUCCCCUCAUCACGCCCGCAUUAAUUCCCUCAUUAACCAGUAACUUAUAGCCGCAGCGGCCGGUGGAACCUCCACCCUCUAGGGUGCGUCAGGGCGGUCGUGUGCCUGGCCUAGGUAAGCCUGGCCUAGGCCAACCUAGCAAAGGUGAGCCUAGCAAAGGUGAACCUAGCAAAGGUGAGCCUAGCAAAGGUGAACCUAGCAAAGGUGAGCCUAGUAUCUAAGCAGCGGUACUCCUUAAUCUGCUAGUAAGUCAGCUCUCCCUCGUGUUCAGGGCAGGUGUCUCACCCCUAAGGGCUGUCGUCUUGGCCUGACCUUAGCCCUCCUCUCCCCCACCGUGACCUCUUCGUAUCAGUGCCAUCAUUCCUCCCCCCCCACCUCCCCGACGCGUACUUGAGCUAAACUAGCAUUAAGUGUCAAGCUGUAAGGUCACUGGUCAGGCCUAGUGACAUCAAUGAUCAACUCGUGAUGUCACUGGUCAAAAAAAUAAGAGAAACGCGUGUCACUGGCCAGGCAGCUGUGUCAUUGGUCAAAGCCGUGUGACGUCACUGAGCAGGCUGCUGUGUCAUUGGUCAAAGCCAUGUGACGUCACUGAGCAGGCUGCUGUGUCAUUGGUCAAAGCCAUGUGACGUCACUGAGCAGGCUGUGCUCCUCCCAUUCAUUGUUUUCUAAUAUCUGGAAUGCUAUGUGAUGUUAGAAUGUGAUUUGUGUUCGUCAUUAUUGUCAAGCUCUAGCUGUCCACUUUUAUUUAUAUUUUUCUACGUGAAUUUUACGUCCGAAACAAAGAGAAAUAUUGAAAAAAAAAUGAAAAAAGAGUACUCAAACUGCCUUUUCUCUCUUGUCUCUCACUAUCUCCACUCUCUGCAGGCUGUCUCCCUACCAAGGAGAAGCGUCUCUGGGUAGAUUGUCUUUCUCUAACUUACCAGGGUCGACCAGAUCUGCCCCGUAAGAGACUAUCUCUCCUCCUCAGGUGUAAUAUACGAGAAACUGUCUUCCCCGUUGGGGGCUAUAUAGAAAAGGCUAAAUUAUUAUAUACAUGGGGAAGCGCUAUGCCCGUAGGGGGUCAUACAGCGCCUGGGAACGGCAGGCAAUCAGAUCUGGUCCGAGGAAAGGGUGGUAGCUCCAAUUCCUUCGAUCAAAGGCCUUCCGUCAGUAUCAUGGUACCUCCCCCCUCCCCUACUCGUAGGGUAGACAGGGGUAAAGGGUGGGAAGUGGCGGUACUGUCCCUGGGCAGGGUAGUGUCUUCUAGGGGGAAGGGAAUUGCCCAAGAGGUCCUCACACCACCAGUCUGGUCAAGAUGGCUGACAGCUGGUAUUUAGCAGACAGUCUGGUCAAGGUGGCUGACAGCUGGUAUUUAGCAGACAGUCUGGUCAAGGUGGCUGACAGCUGGUAUUUUGCACAGUCAGAAUCAUCUGAACUUGAGUGGAAUCUAACUGGAACCUAAUCAGCCUAAAUGGCAUUCAGCUGAGCUUAACCUAAAUCCAGCCACAGUGAGCCAGACUAUAUAUAUAUAUAUAUAUAUAUAUAUAUAUAUAUAUAU